AUGCAGCAGGUUCCACGCAUUGCUAGCCGCCUGAGAGGGCUGGCUAUGGCUGAAUUACCUCCCACUUACCUCGCACCAUCACUUCACCCCUCCGUGACCCUGUCAGCCAUUCAGACUUCAAGCUUUUCUUCCACUGCCUCCGUCGGCGCCAACCCUCGACGCGACAAGAGCAAAAACCGUGGUGUAUCGGCCAUCAAUCGCACCGGUCCCAGAACUCCAUUUACCGUGUCAAGAUGGCCAUUGCCCAAACCGGUGUCGCCGGAAGAUAUGCAGCCACGGGAAACAAACCCCAACCAUGGACUCUGGGGCUUCUUCCCCCUAACCGGGAAGCAUUGCCUACCCCAGAAUAUGACAACGCUCAUGAAUGAAUGUUCUAUGGGCAGUGCUGAUGUUAGCAAUCUAGGUCGUCCAUGGACUAUCCAAGAACUCCGCGAAAAGAGUUGGGAGGAUCUCCACGCUCUGUGGCACGUAUGCGUCCGGGAACGAAACCGCAUUGUCACAUCGGAUUUCGAGAGAGAGAGAAUCCAGGCCGGCUACGGUCAAUACGAAUCUCAGGAACGGGACAAAGUGGUUCGAAGCACCAUGAAGACCAUCAAGCACGUUCUACGUGAACGCUGGUAUGCUUGGGAGGACGCCUCACGAAUGUACAAGCGUGGAUACCGCCCUGAGGACUUUUAUGGGCUCGAUGACGUUGAGGUCGAGCAGAAGGGCAAUGGAGCAGCCCAAGCCAAGGAGCAAUAA